CACAGACGGAAUGCGAUGAAAUGCCCGUGACUACUACUUAUGCGAGGCGAGAAGGGUAUAGCACACACAAGAUGCGCUAUGCGUGUCAAACAAGGAGUUUGAUUGAUGGAAGCUGAGCCCGAACUCUGUUUAAUGCAUUUGCUGGGCCCGACCGCUUCGGCGGGCGCUCCCGGUGACGACCAACGGGCGGUCGGUAACAAUGCACUCCUUCUCAUGGCGGCCUCCCGACGCCGCUUGAUUUGCCGUCAGCGUGGAAUCCGAGGCAGCAUCACGGCUAUGCUGAAGAAGGAUCGCGUCGAUAGCGUUGCGGCUGCGUCUGCAUUACGCGAUGGGUCGGCCACGAUGACCAGGUUGGAAAGGACAGCAGGCGCACCGUGCGAUAGGUCGCAAUGGAUACGUGAUUCGAAGAUCGUUUCCGCUGACGAAUGACAUUGACGAUGCGCGCCUUC